CGUUAGUAGCGUGCUCCUCCCCAAACGCAUCCUAUGAAUACCGGCCAUAGACAUCUGUGAUCUCCGCAAAGAAACGUCCGUGACGUAAUGUUUUAAAAUGGCUUCUCGUAUGUUACGUAUUUGUGGAAUUGUGACAAAUUCACUGAAAAAUGAGCAAACCAAAAACAACGGUAUAUAUAAUUCACUGUUUGUCAAUCACUCAUAUCUAUUAAAAACACAUGUUUCUCUGAAACAUGAAGUGAGAAAUAUAACGUUCUUCACGAGAAAAACUGCAGAUGAAUUGUGGAAAGGUGUUACAAGUGUCAGUAAUGCAGGAAGACGUAGAGGCAGAGCAAAAGGAUUGUCAAGAAAAAGAGACUUGAACAAGGGUCAGAUUAUUGGUGUAGGAAAAAUUUCGAUACAAUUUCCUGGUCUAAAUACUCCUAUAUUUAGAGGAAGAGAGCUGGUCCAGCAGCAGAGACUGCCUGAAGAUCCUGAAAGAAUGGAAAAGCUAACAAGGAUACGGCAAAGCCAAACUAAACCAAAAAAGAUAAAACUUUCUCCACUGGAACGUGGUUGGACAAGUGCCUCAAUAUGUGGCAGAAAAGUGGGGCCACCUGAUCCUGUUGGAGAAGAUACUUUUGAAGGCUUUGAAACUUGGGUCUUGGAAAGUAAAUUGGUAACUUGUAUGACUGGUAACUUAGGACGCAAAUCUCGAAUUAGCAUAUUUGUUGUGACUGGAAAUGGGAAUGGAGUAGCUGGCUUUGCAUUAGCAAAAGCACCUGCAUCUAAAGCUGCCUUAAAAACAGCUAAGAAUAGAGCCGGUCACAAACUAAUGUAUAUUCCUAGAUAUCAAGAACAUACUGUGCUACAUGACUUUUUCACACAAUUUGGAAGAACAAAAAUAUUUGUAAAGAAAAUGUACGAAGGAUAUGGGCUUGUCUGUCACCGUGCAAUAAAAGCAUGUUGCGAGGCGAUUGGCAUAAAGGACAUAUAUGCCAAAGUAGAAGGAUCUACAAAUUUGCAACAUAUUAUAAAGGCUUUUUUCAUCGGUUUGUUGCGACAGAAAUCACAUCAACAAAUAGCGGACGAAAAAUGCUUGCACUUGGUUGAGUUUAGACCGGAAAACGGUAAUUAUCCUAUAGUGGUCGCUUCACCAUCUGUAGUUAGGAAGCCAAAGGAAGUACCGUCGAACGAGAUUCUUGAUUUUAAACAAUAUAUAAUGGAUGGCAAAAUAGUGUUAAAGAGAAAGAAAUAUGAGCCAUUUUACACCAAAUUGAACUCGUGGAUAUUAAAGACAAGGAAAAUGGAGCGUGUAAGAAAUCAUGAUGAUACAAGGAUAAAAUUAAAGGCAGAAUAUGGAAGAAUAAAUAGUUUUCUAACUGAAAAAUAUCCGGAGGCAAGAUUCUUUGGUCGUAAGAAGUCACGUGAAGAUAAUGAAGCUAUUGAAUAAGAUACAUGUAAUUAUUAUUAUGUUACAUAUAAAUGUUUCACAAUAAAACAUUUAUCAUUAAACUAUU